AUGGCCGACAACGGUGCUUGGGGCGCCUGGCAGGUUGAAUCUUCAACCUUCACAAAGGCAGUAGUUGCAGCUAUGCAGAAGCUAUACCCCGAGGAAAUCGCAGACACAAGCUGGGACAACGUCGGUCUCUUGGUAGGAAACUCAGAAAAUGAUGACAAGAAGACAAAGAAGGUCUUGGUGACCAAUGACCUGACCUACCAAGUCGCCGUCGAUGCUAUUGAGCAGGAUGUUAGUGUCAUUGUUAGCUAUCAUCCCUUCAUAUUCGGAGGCCUCAAGUCCAUCACCAACAGAGAUCCUCAGCAAGCUACUCUCCUACGCCUUGCCAAGGCUGGUAUUGCUGUCUACUGCCCUCACACUGCAGUCGAUGCCGCUCCCGAGGGUCUCAACACUUGGCUUGCAGAUAUCGUUUCUGGCCCUCACCAAAGCCAACGCUCUGUCGCGAUCCCCUGUAGCUCUGCUCCCUCCAGUCACUCUGGCGCAGGCUAUGGUGCCAUCGGCCGCUUCGACAAUGCCGUUUCUCUCUCCGAGAUCAUUCUUCGUCUAGCUGAGAAGCUCGGAGGCCUCAAGCAUGUUAUGGUAGCAAGUCCUGUUGGUGCUGAUGUCAAGACUACCAAGAUUAGCAGCUUUGGUGUUUGCGCGGGUAGCGGGUAUGAUGUGCUCAAGAAGGCCGAGGUUGAUCUUUUGGUGACUGGCGAGACCAGCCAUCACUCAGCUUUGAGGGCUAUUCAACAGGGACAAACGCUUGUACAAGUUUUUCACAGCAAUUCUGAAAGAGGAUAUCUUCAAGAAGUGCUCAGGCCCAAGUUGGAGGCUGCUAUCAAGGAGAAUGUUCCCGAGGUGGAGGUUGUGGUGAGCAAGUAUGACAAGGAUCCUUUUACUAUCUUGGAUGUCAAUAAUCUCAAAUAG